UCCCCUGCCUGUGGACUUCAGCAGAAGUCAGUAAGAACAUAAAGGCAGCUGAGAGCGAGAGAGAGCGAGUGAGUGAGUGAGUGAGAGAGAGAGAGAGAGAGAGAGAGAGAGAGAGAGAGAGGUACGCCUCUGUCCUCCUCCAGUGCUCUACAGGACUGAGAGCAUUUGGACGGACGCGAUACCUCGUCUCAUGUGAGCGCUGAUCGGGAUACUAAACACGCAUUGGUUUAUCACACCCUCAGCUUUAUUCCAAUCAGCUCAUUCGGUCAGAUUUUUUCCACGUCGUAUGUUUUUUUUUUUUUUUCUUAACCUCACUGCAGACCUGGAGUCGAGGUGCUUGUUUAAUCGGAGUCGUCAAUUACACAUCCUUUUGGAAGAUAUAUUUCUAUCCACGGUCUGCGUUCUGUGGGCUGUAUGAAAGAGCGCCGAAAAGGUUAUUCAGGACCUCUCUCUGCGCUGGAUGUGUGUACAUGCGCCUGUUUUGCUGCGACUGCUGAUAAGGACUAGAUGGUCCUGCUGCUAUUGAGAUGUGAUUCUCUGGGGUUUUCUCUCACUUUGACAAAGCAAAGCACACUACAACAGGCCUGUAUGGUGUCAGUAACACUGAGCUGUGAGAGGAACAGCUCCUCACCAGAGUGUCGGGGCUCCACAGGAAGUGCCUCCACAUCUACUUCCAGGUCAAACUCCGACAUCAUGUGGACCACACGCCUGCUCUUCCUCUGGACCUUGUUUGCUCCCAUUGCCAUCGCCUACAGCCGUGCCCCUAUCCCCAUGGCGGUGGUGCGCAGGGAGCUGUCUUGUGAGUCCUACCCCAUCGAGCUGCGCUGCCCAGGUACAGACGUCAUCAUGAUCGAGAGCGCCAAUUAUGGCCGCACCGACGACAAGAUCUGCGACUCGGACCCCGCCCAGAUGGAGAACACGCGAUGCUACCUCCCAGAUGCAUACAAGAUCAUGUCACUCAGAUGCAACAACCGUACCCAGUGUGCAGUGGUGGCUGGUCCUGAUGUCUUCCCUGACCCCUGCCCCGGCACAUACAAAUACCUGGAGGUCCAGUACGAGUGUGUCCCAUACAAAGUUGAACAGAAAGUGUUUCUCUGCCCUGGCAUUCUGAGAGGGGUGUACCAAAGCGAACAUCUCUUUGAGUCUGACCAUCAGUCCGGCGCCUGGUGCAAAGACCCGCUGCAGGCUUCCGACAAGAUCUACUACAUGCCCUGGACUCCCUAUCGCACAGACACACUGACAGAGUACUCAUCCAAGGAGGACUUCAUCGCAGGCCGUCCCACCACCACCUACAAGCUCCCGCAUCGCGUGGAUGGGACAGGCUUUGUCGUCUACGAUGGUGCGCUCUUCUUCAACAAGGAGCGCACCCGCAACAUUGUUAAGUUUGACCUUCGCACGCGCAUCAAGAGUGGUGAGGCCAUCAUCGCCAACGCCAACUACCAUGACACCUCGCCUUAUCGCUGGGGGGGCAAGUCGGACAUUGACCUAGCAGUUGAUGAAAAUGGGCUCUGGGUAAUCUACGCCACAGAGCAGAACAAUGGGCGCAUAGUGGUGAGCCAGCUCAACCCUUACACCCUGCGCAUCGAGGGCUCCUGGGACACCAGCUACGACAAACGCACCGCCUCCAACGCGUUCAUGAUCUGUGGAGUCCUGUACGUGGUCAAAACCGUCUACGAAGAUGACGACAAUGAGGGGACGGGGAACAAAAUCGACUACAUGUACAACACUGAUAAGAGCAAGGAGACGGCAGUUAGCAUACCGUUCCCUAAUUCCUACCAGUACAUCGCUGCGGUGGAUUACAACCCUAGAGACAACCUGCUCUACGUGUGGAAUAACUACCACGUGGUCAAGUAUUCACUGGACUUUGGCAACAACGACUACCGCCCUCCCAUUGUGCCACCAAACCGAGGAGGAGGAGGUUCGUCCUCUUCAUCCACCAGUCGCACCACCACGACUCGUUCCCCUCCCUACUACACCACCCCACGGCCGCUCCUCACCACCUCCCCAGGCCAGCGUUACCGCACAACCACGGUCCGUCAGCCCAUCCUGGUCCCUGCCGGUGGCUCAUCCUCUGAUACCAACCAGAUCCCUGACACCAACCAGAAAGCUGGAGGACGCUCCCGGCCAGCGCAGAUCCCACCAGCAGCCCCCCAGCCCCCUGUCCUGCCACCACAGGAUUUCUGCAGUCCCAGGGUGACAGCUGACGUGUCGUGGCCACGCACCCAGCAAGGCCAGACAGCCAAGCAGCCCUGUCCUGUAGGAACACUGGGCGUGGCCACAUACGUGUGCGUGGCCCAUUUGGGCUACUGGGAUCCCCAAGGCCCUGACCUCAGCAACUGCACGUCGCCCUGGGUCAACCACAUCAUGCAGAAACUCCGUUCGGGUGAGACGGCAGCAAUUGUGGCCAGGGAGCUGGCAGAGCAGACCAAGGGGCUCCUGCGUCCUGGCGAUGUGCCAUCCACGGUGCGGGCCAUGGCCCAGCUGGUCGAACUGCUGGACGUGCAGCUCAGGAACCUCACCCCUGGGGGCAAAGACAGCGCGGCCCGCAGCCUGACCAAGCUUCAGAAGAGAGAAAGGUCCUGCAGGUUUUUCACACAGGCAAUGGUGGAGACUGUGAAUAACCUGCUCCAGCCUCGGGCCCAGACAGCCUGGAGAGAGCUGCCCACCAGCGAGCAGCUUCACUCGGCCACUCUGCUCCUGGACACCGUGGAGGCUGGGGCUUUCAUGCUUGCUGACAACCUGCUGAAGACCGACACUGUGCAGGAGACCACUGACAACAUCCAGCUGGAAGUAGCCAGACUGAGCACGGAUGGGAACCUGGCAGACCUGACAUUCCCUCAGUCAGAGCUACAUGGAAACUCCAUCCAGCUGUCAGCCAGCACUCUCAAACAGCAUGGCAAAAACGGUGAGAUCAGGAUGGCCUUUGUCCUGUACAGGAACCUGGGUUCCUAUCUGUCCACAGAGAAUGCCAGCGUGAGGCUGAGCAGCGAGGCGGUCUACCCUAAUUACUCUGUUAUUGUCAACUCUCCAGUCAUCACAGCGUCUAUUAACAAGGAGAGCAAUAAGGUUUACCUGUCUGAGCCUGUGGUCUUCACUGUCAAACACCUACAGCAUUCAGAGGAGAACUUCAAUCCCAACUGUUCAUUCUGGAGUUACUCCAAGCGCACCAUGACGGGAUUCUGGUCCACGCAGGACUGUCGUCUGCUGGCCACCAACCGCACACACACCAGCUGCUCCUGCACACACCUCACCAGCUUUGCUGUGCUCAUGGCCCACGUGGAGGUCAAGAAAGCAGAAAGCAUGCAUGACCUUCUCCUGGAUGUGAUCACAUGGGUUGGGAUCCUGCUUUCGCUCGUCUGCCUGCUCAUCUGCAUCUUCACGUUCUGCUUCUUCCGUGGGCUGCAGAGCGACCGCAACACCAUCCACAAGAACCUGUGCAUCAGCCUGUUCAUCGCUGAAUCACUAUUCCUGGUUGGGAUCAACAGGGCUGACCAGCCGAUUGCCUGUGCAGUGUUCGCGGCCCUGCUCCAUUUUUUCUUCUUGGCAGCCUUCACCUGGAUGUUCCUGGAAGGGGUGCAGCUCUACAUCAUGCUGGUAGAGGUGUUUGAGAGCGAACACUCCAGGACUAAGUACUUCUAUCUGGCAGGAUACGGAGUGCCUGCUGUCAUCGUGGCCGUGUCCGCUGCAGUGGACUACAGGAGCUACGGCACGGACCGAGUGUGCUGGCUUCGGUUGGACACAUACUUUAUCUGGAGUUUUAUUGGCCCUGCCACCCUCAUCAUUAUGCUGAAUGUCAUCUUCCUCGGUAUUGCGCUUUAUAAGAUGUUCCAUCACACGGCCAUUCUCAAACCAGAUUCUGGAUGUCUGGACAACAUCAAGUCUUGGGUGAUCGGAGCCAUAGCCCUGCUGUGUCUGCUGGGCCUGACCUGGGCCUUCGGUCUGAUGUACAUCAACGAGAGCACCGUGAUCAUGGCCUACCUUUUCACCAUCUUCAACUCUCUGCAGGGCAUGUUCAUCUUUAUCUUCCACUGCAUACUGCAAAAGAAGGUACGUAAGGAGUAUGGCAAAUGUCUGCGCACUCACUGCUGCAGUGGCAAGAGCGUGGAGACGUCCAUCUCUUCCUCCAGUAAGACCACCACCUCGCGGACCCCUGGCCGCUACUCCACAGGCUCACAGAGUCGUAUCAGGCGGAUGUGGAACGACACCGUGAGGAAACAGGAGUCUUCCUUCAUCACUGGAGACAUCAACAGCUCUGCCACGCUCAAUAGAGGAGCCAUGGCUAAUCAUCUUAUAACUAAUGCUCUCCUUCGUCCCCAUGGUACUAACAAUCCUUAUAACACUCUCCUCGGGGACUCGGCAGUCUAUAACAACCCAGCCGUGGGCAUGUACAACACCCAAGCACCUUACCGAGACACAAAGGGCAUCCUGAACAACGCCAGAGACUCCAGCGUCAUGGAUACACUUCCUCUCAACGGUAACCAUGCCAACAAUUACAGCAUGGCCAGCAGCGAGUACCUGAGUGACUGUGUCCAGAUUUUGGACCGCAGUGGGGGCUACAGUACCCACAGCAACCACAAGGAGACCACCCUGGAGAAGAAGAUCUUAAAGGAGCUGACCUCUAACUACAUCCCAUCCUACCUCAACAACCACGAGAGAUCCGCCACUGAGCGCAACCACAACUUGAUGAACAAGCUGGUCAAUAGCAGUAUGGCCAAUGGAGGGGGCAUGAUGGGUGGCAGCAGCAGCAGCAGCAGCAGUGCUGUGAGUGCUGGUGUGGGCAGCAGUAAAGAGGACAAUGGCCCCAUGGUGCUGGACAACCCUGCAGCCUUCCCCCAUGAGGAGAACCUGGGUCUGGAGAUUAUCCGAGAGGAAUCCAAUGCCCCACUCCUACCCCCACGGCCCCCACCCCCGGACAGCCACCCCCCACCUCCGCCUCCUCCCCACAGCUUCUCCCGGCCACGCCGCAUUCCCCAGGAGACCAGCGAGAGCUUCUUCCCCCUGCUGACCAAUGAGCACACUGACGAGCACACGCACUCACCCAACCACAGAGACUCGCUCUACACCAGCAUGCCGGUGUUGACGGACCUCCCGGAUGGGCAGAUGAAUGGUUUAACAGACGGAGAGGAAGACAGCUCCGGGGAGCUGCAGCCUUGUAAGAGUGCCACCGCUCCAGAGCUGGAUGACGUCUAUUACAAGAGCAUGCCCAACCUGGGCUCUAGGAACCACCUCCACGAGCUACAGAGCUACUACCACAUGGGCCGGGGUGGCAGCGACGGAUACAUGGUGCCCGCCAACAAGGAGGAUUCUGAUUCAUCUCCUGAGGAGCCACCUGUAGACCCUUCUCACCUGGUUACCAGUCUAUAGAGCCAAUUAGGAGACUUCUAUCCCUCCCCAGCCCACCCUCACACUUCCAACCCCCCCAGUGAAAAUGGUUCUGUGUCGUUGAUUGACAGACUGAGCUGGCCCACUCCUGGAUUGAUGCACUGUGUUUAAUAUUCUCUGUGUUUCAUGACAAUAUGAGUGAGGUAUCACUGGUCAAAUGAAAGCAGGGAUCAGAUGUAUUGUCAUAAAUGGUGCAAACUGAAAGGGCAGUUCUGAGAGCAUUUUAUGUGAAUAUCAACCAGGAAUGGAACUCUUCACCUGAACAGGGGAGGAAGCGGGGAGGGAUUCUGUAAUUUUAUCCCACUUGUUAUUUUAAUCUGGAAUCUUGGAUUGACCGUAGCCCUACAUGUUCCCAAAUAUGGACCUCUAGCAGAUCAAUGCAUAUAGCCUCCACUACUACCACUACAGGGGCGUGGCCCCCAGCCCUGGUUAAAGGAGCUCUGUCUUUUUGUCUGUCUGUCUGUCUCACUCUUAAAGACACUCACAGGGAUGAUGUUUCUUCCUCUCCAAAAGGGUACCACAGGACCUUAAACCCUGGAGUUCUCAACAUGAACUGCCAACAAGGCACCACCCCACUUCCUGCCAAUCAAGUGGAGUAUGUAUGAUAUACGCCCUCACAACCAAUCAUCCCAAAAACUACUUUAUUGGGCAACCGAACUAUAACCAUAUCACGCUGAUGUUCUGAAUUCCCUUCCUGUUUGUAUCUGCUAAACUAGACUUGUGUCUAGGCUGGUGUAACAUUCCUGCAAGUUGUAGUGACUGCGGCUACUGUGUAUUUCACCGAAAACAAAGAAGGAAGAUCAUAUUACAACAGACUGAAUAAAAUUUAAAAAAAUGGGUUAUGUUUCUUCUUUCUUCUGUAACAGUUUUCAGUUAUCAAAGGAUUAUGAAGUAAUCACAGUUUCUAUGUAUUGUACAGAAUACAGAUACAAAAUGUUGCAUAUGAGCAAGUACUUUUCUCUCUUCUUUUUUUCUUUUUUCUUUUUUUUUUUUAGUUGCAAACCUCUUGUCUGUGGAACUGUUCUGAAAUGUCAUGAUAUGUUCUACUGGUCGUAUGUAGACCACAGAACAAGCAAGGAACAAUCUCUCAUUUCACUCUUUGUUGAAUACAGAGACAGUAAAACCACUUGAUUAAUAUGCAUAUAUACCCUACACACACUUCAUUCUGGUCCUUUUAUAGCAACACCACUGUCACUUAUAUUUUGAAAAUCAAUUGUUACUAUAUAUUUUUUACCACUGUGUAGAUUUAAAACUAAAGGGAAAAUGAUAUAUGGCAAAGCUAUCAAGGAGGAAUGUCUUACACACAGACACUUACUAUGGAAAUGGUAGGUUUUAGUCGGUCCUGGAAGUGGGCCUCAUCAGUUCUCCAGUACAGCAUUUCUUUCCUUCAAGCACAUGAAGGAGCCUGAGUCAAAAAAAAAAGAGAGAAACAACAAAAAAAGGAAAAAUACUUGAGUUUUGGAAUAUAACACGAGGCUAUUAUAUAUGCAAUGUAUCAUGUCUAUUGUCAAAUUGUCUAUAAAUUGACAUUACAUGGCCGUGUUAGUUUGGACCUUAAUGUACAGAACUGAAUGCUGAGAUAAACAAUAUGAAACACAAAUAGGGCCAUAAUUCCACUGUUGUAUCAUUCUCAGAAAUUCUCCAUAAAUCACCAGUAAGCGUUUGAAGAUGCUGUUGAAAUCACCAUUCGCUGUUUCUAAAUGCCGCUCUGUGGGCCCUCAAACCUUUGGCUGGCAAAGGGCAAAAAUUCACAAACUUGCCGCUGGAAUGAAUAAACACCAGUUGCUGCUUUGGUUGCCAUACCCAAAGGUGUUUCAACACACACACCAAGGAAUAAACAAGAUUCGGCAGGUGGUAUCACAGAGCGCUCUCUGCCAGCUGAAAUUUCGGAGCCGCACAGAGCGACAUUUACAAAUACAGUCAUGAUUGCGACAGUGUUUAUGGCUGCCUGCUUGUGAUUUUUGGAGAGUUAAAGGGAAUGAUAUGGCAGGGAAAAGGGGACGAAUUAUGAUCUUAUCACCUUUCCAUAUAAAAAUGUUAAAAAUUUCAUUCUCAGCCCUAAAAAAAAAAGGAAAAAAGAAAAUGCCACUAUUUGAAAAAGGGUGUGUCUCACCUGUUAAAAUACCAUGAUUAUACCACAUAUGUGUAUUGAAGAUGUGAAAACUCUGCACACAGCAGCACUGUCCAAUGUGGAAAGCCAAUGUUUACUUAUUUAGGGGGAAAUUUCUUAAGUGUAUGAAGUGUAGCUUGCACAUGUAUCCCAUGCCCCUUCCGAUUCCCCAAGAGAGAAUUUAUUUAUUUAUCUGUUUAUCAGUUAAAGAGAGCAAACAAGCUUGGAGGGGAAAAAAAGCUGGUUUCAGGAAAGACCAGAUAAUGUGGCACUGAGAUUUUUUUUUGUUUUUGUUUUUUUUUUUGUUUUUUUUUAAAUUAUGAUGAUCAUGAUUAUUAUUAUUAUUGAUAAUUAUUUAUUCUUUUUGUAUGGGUUCCAAGUUGAAUGAUCUCAUAACUAAUAUUUGUUGUAACAGUGAAAGUUGUUUGCCAACAAAUAAAUUACUGACAUAGCUCUGCG